CGGAUUUCGAAGUAACCUCGCUCCAUCAGUUUAUUGCUACUGAUCAUAAGCGAAGGAUGCCGUGGAAUCCUGAAUUCCGGGUCGGUAUACGCGCGUGAAGUGCACAUCUCGUUCUCACUGGAUUCGAUCCUGACCCACUGUGUCUUGCCCACAUUAUACACCUGCUCCUUCUGAGAGCAUUGUACAUUACGCUGUACGGUAACACGGUCUGGAAAGGCAACGGUGUCAUCACACGCAAAGUGUACCAUGGCAAAAUGCACUUUGCGCGAUGCCUGAAAUUGAUUUUCGAUUAUCAAAUGAAACUAGGAGUGGAUGAGAUGAUUGAUCGCUUGAAAUUGAACAAAUUGGAAGUCGAUCCAAAAUUGAUGAAAGAAUCACGCAGUUUCUACGAGAAAUACCUAAAUUUCGAGCUACCUAUCAAAUUGGUCAUGGAUUUGUUCCGUGAACAGAUCAAGAAAAGCUUUCCUUUGUCGCAGUUGAUCUUGCUUCCAGCUAUAUUUUACUGUAUCCUCUUCGGGAUGGAAGAAUAUGGACGCGACACACUUGCUGCUUUGUUAAAGUUGUCUAACGUGGAACUUGCCAAAUCGGUAUUGGAAUUUACUUGUUCCGAGUUGUUUAUCGACUCAGUACAGUCCAUUUGGUCUAAAGCUUAUGAUGAAGAGUUCGUAACUAAUGAAUUGGUUCAUCCAUUCAAGAGGUGCAGGGAAGAUAUAGCAAAUUACAGAGAGGUAUUCUUGGCUGAGUUAAGUGGAGCUCAUGAUCGCAUAGAACCACGGAGUACAGCCACGAAACCAUUUAAUCUAACACAACCCAAAGCAAGAGCAAUACCUGUUCCGGAACCGAUCCUCAGCAAAAGACUGCUUCAUAAGGUUCCCGCAUCUACACACAGUGAACCGAUUGAAUUUCGGUUACUGGAAGAAGCAAAGAAACGAAACAGAGAUAGUGUAGAAAAAUUAAGGCUGCGUUCUGAAAGAGAGCAACCUGACUGUGCCCGCAGCAAGCCAAAAUAUCUAAAGAAUGAUCAAUUAUGCGAAGACACAGAACCUUUUGUUGAACGAGCUUUUCAAGCAAGAAAGGUUCCGGAUCAGAGGAGUGAACCAGCGCAAGUCCACCUUAACACUGCGACUAUUCUUAGAGAAUGGAAAUUAUAUGCAGAUGCAGAAAAGUCUUUGAGAAAAAGAUUGGCCGAAUUGGAAGCAGGAGCCCUUGAUAAUUUCCGCUAUGAGCAAUGGAAAUCGGAGCAGAAUAACGCGAAAUCACGGGAGCAGCAGCUUUCGGAGGCUGAACGGAGGCUGACUAGCAUGCUUAGCCACGAAGCUGCCCUAGAAGCCAUUUACAAAACCCAGGCCGUUCGAAGAAGCAUGGUGGAAUUAGCUCGAAAAGAAAGCAAGAGAUGUUCAGAAAAGAUCCUGCAGAUGCAGGAGGAAAAACGCAUAAAGGCGCGACAGCAAGCCCAGAGAGUUAUACAAUCUAGGCACCUUGCGCAUGAAGCUACAGUUUCGGUUUACCAGAAGAAGAAAACAAGUGCGAAGAACCUGGUUGAAAAAUCCCAAAAGCAACUCGAAAAGCUAAAAACGGAGUUAGCGAAAGAGAAAGCAGAAAAAAGAGCACUGGUGAAACGCAUACGCGCUGCCGAAUCGGCUUGGCUGCUUGAGAAAUCCAUGGGACCGAAACCAGUUGAUCUGUGUUCGACGCCUGGUCACGGGCUACUCGGUGAAAUGUCGGUUGUCGAGCUGAAGGAACGCUUGGCCUGGUUGAAACAAAGAGAAGAAGCGGCGGAACGAGACAAGCGGAAGUUUAUCAUCGCUAAGAGACAGGAAGCUGUUGAAUCCGUAGCCCAGUUACUGGAAUGUAUUUCCCAUCAUCGGGCAGCUCGAACGCUCAAUUUGAUUGAAAAACGAAAUGGAUCGGGUGAAUUCAAGUCGUCGCAGUCUGAUGAGGUGACAAAUGAUCCAAAGGUAGUCGCCCUGCGCAAGUUGAUUGAGGAGAAAAGGAUUAACCGAAAGAAUGCUAUGAACAAAAUUGAGAAAUCUGACAACAGACAUGCGCUUGACCGAAAUGACAUGUAAGCAAACGGUAUUUUUGAUGGAUUGAGUAUCAUACCAGAGGUUAAACUGGUGUCUCACUUUGUAUGAGCUUAGUAAAUGAUGACUUGUGGCUGGAAAUCUUCGUAUUCCCUAUCGCCGGAUCAAAUUUUAUUCAAAAUGCUAUUCAAAUGGCCCGUCAGAAAUCAGAAAAGGAUAGACCAGCAUCGCCAUAAUUUGAAGUUUUCUGCUAUCGGCAAAUGAACAUCACCCAGUUGGAGUUUGAGAGAAACUUUCCAAAACUGCAUGCAGCCUUAUUGUAUACGUCGUUCGUUUUGCCUGCGUCUUUGUAUUUCAAACAACGUAAAUCAUAUUCCUGUUUCCAUAACUCAGCUUUCUGCCAUUGGCCCAUUUCGACGAUCGCUCAUGGGAAGCAUAUGAAUAAGACAUAUUUUGCGGAGUACUAAAAUGGUAGCUUGCUUUUUUAGUAAAUGUAUGUUUCUGAAGUGAACAACUAAUAU